GGGAGCUUAGGCGGCGCGAGCGCAGUUGGCCGCCAUGAAGCUCCGCGUACGGCUGCAGGGGCGGACGGCUCCGUUGGAGUUGGCGGAGGCGGAGCCACGGCUGGGGGAUUUGCGUGCGCACCUUGGCCAAACCGUCUUGCCCGCUUGGGGUUACAGUUCUGACAUCAAGUUUGCGAUAACAUUGAACAACAAAGACUCCCUUACUGGAGAUGAGGAAACCCUAGCAUCAUUUGGGAUUGUUUCAGGAGACUUGAUAUGUUUGAUAUUGGAAGAUAUUGAGACAGAAUUAAGAGUAUUUCCAACUCUCACCUCAUCCCUGCAACCACAACAGAAUAAUCAUGAACCAUCCACUUCAGCCAUUUGUCACAACCAAUCUAAAAUUCUAGAUAGCGAAAGACACAAUGGACAUUUACCAGACGAUAAAGUUCAAGAUGAUAUUCAGAUGAAUACAGACAAUAUGGCAGAAUCCAGCCAAGCAUUUGCUUCAGAAGCUGUAUCUGAUGACUUUGACUUCCAAGAAGCUGCAGGUUCUUAUCCUUCAGAGCCAAUGCUUUGCUCUGAAGCUACGGAUGGACAAGUACCACACUCGCUUCAGACCCUGUACCAUUCUGCAGAAUGUACCAGUGCCAAUGAUGCCUUGAUAGUUUUGAUCCAUCUUAUCAUGAUGGAGACAGGAUAUAUACCUCAAGGAACACAGUCAAAGGCAACAAGAAUGCCUGACAAAUGGCGAAACAGAGGUGUUUAUAAGCUACAGUAUGCCCAUCCCCUCUGUGAAAAUGGCAUUGCUGCCCUUACUUGUGUGCCUUUGGGAGACCUUAUUGUUAUCAAUGCAAUGCUGAAGAUUGACAUUGACAUCAAAAGUGUAAAGAGACUACAGCUUCUGCCAGCAACAUUUAUCUGCUUUGAAGACUCAGGAAAUGUUGCAGGCGUGUAUAAGGACCUUCAGAAGCUCUCUUGUCUCUUUAAAGAUCGACUGGUAUACCCUCUUCUGGCUGCUACUCGGCAAGCAUUGAAUCUACCAGAUGUGUUUGGCCUGGUGGUUCUUCCAUUGGAGCUGAAACUCCGAAUCUUCCGGCUCUUGGACUUUCGCUCAUUAAUUUCUUUGUCUGCUGUUUGUCAUGAUCUUCAUGCUGCUUCAACUGAUCAGUUAUUGUGGAGGUUCAUAUACUUGCGAGAUUUUAGAGAUCCGGUUGCCAGAUCUCGAGACACGGAUUGGAAAGAACUGUACAAGAAAAAAUUGAAGCAGAAGAAAGACGCACUGAAGUGGAGGCACACAAUGUUUCUGCCCCCUCCUCCCCUCCCUGUGCCAUUUCAUCCCAGUCCAUUGUAUCCCAAUCCUUUUUGUCCUAAUCCACUUUAUCCCCCCAAUAUCAUUGGUGGUGAAUUUGAUGAGAGGCCAGCAGUCCCUUCCAUUGGUGAUCCAAUAAGCUCCCUCUUUCCUGGCCCUGCUGAGCUUCCAAGUCUUCCUAUUGCCCCACACUUAGAUCCAUUCUCUACUUUACCAUAUUUCGAUCCUUUUGUGUCAUUUCCAGAACCCAAUCCAACUCUCCCAGGAAGAGGCAAUCGGAGCCGCCCAAUUGAUAGUCGCCGUGCAUUCAUAUGAGAACUCUUUCAGCCUUAUUGAUAAAGUUUUAAACCUCU